AUGUCGGGGGCGGACUUAGAGCCGUCGGGCGAGACAGCGGGCGAGGCGUGGAUACAAGUGGACGACGGAACGAGCCCGCGCGAGAAUCGCAAGAGCGGCCUCGUAUGGGCAGGCCCGGCGCAUGCGCAGCGACAGCGGGGGCGGGGCGCAGCGAGGGCCGCGGGUGUGACGGACGGCACGCAGUGUUUCUUCCCGGCGCGCCUCUCCAAGUACUUCCCCUUCGGCUCGCUGCUCGUCCUCAACUUCGCGUUCGUGCGUCCCGCUCCGCGCCCUCCCUGCUCCCCUUCUUCCCACCUCUCGCUGUUUCCUUUCUUCGUUUUCUUACCCGUCGCUUACUUCCUCCUUCGCUACCCCGUGCUGGCGUCGUGCGCGGGGGACGCGGCGAGUCGCAAGACGGCGAUAACCGUGGCGCUCAUCUGGUGCCUGCUCGCCUCCACGCUCCUCGCCUUCCUCAAGCGCCUCCCGCCUAACUCGCCGCGGUACGGCGGCGCCAGGGUGCUGCGCACGGCGACGGCGGACUUCGUGCUGAUGUGCGACGCGCACGUGGUCGGGCACGCCGCCAUCUCCGCCGUCGCCUUCACGUCGCUCGGCUUCUUCACCGAGUCCGUCCGCCAGCCGCUCUUCCCAGGCGUGGAGCCGCUGUGGUUCCUGGCGGCGCAGUACGUGCUGCUGCUGUUCGCGUGUCUACUCACGCUCGUUGUCGUCGACGCCACGCCCGGCCUCACCACCAUCCCCUUCCCCUUCCCCCUCGCGCUCCCCGCCUCCCCGCCGCGCAACCACCUCUGCGCGCACGCCUGCCCCGGGCACCGCGCCUGCCUGCCUUCGCGCCUACCCGCCCUUCCGCGCUCUACCGACCUCCGCUCGUCUGGCGGCUCCGCGCUGUUCGCCGCCAGUGCCGCCGCUGCUGCCGGCGGGAAGUCGGGCGAGCAGGCGGGCGGCGAGACUCCGCGGAGAACCCCCUCCCGCACGCCCUACUUGCUGCAGCUGGCGCGCGAGGCAGGCGCGCCCGUCGCGCCAAUGACCCCCGAUGCGCUGCUGCCCGCAGAAGCCGCGCAGACGGGCAGAGGAGAGGAGGUGAUGGAAGUGACGGAAGAGGUCCGGAGGAAUGAGCGCGCGGGAGUAGAACAGGAGCAGCGGAGUGUGGGGGCUGGGGAACCAGGGGGUAGUCAAGAGCGCGGGGCGGAGGACACCGUUGCGCCUAGCGGACACGAGUCUGCGGAGGGAGCUGCGGAAGUUGGUAAGGGGGGGAUGGCAGAACCAGAGGGCUGUGCGGAAAAGCAAGAAGCGGAGCGGAACGAGCAGGAUGUGCAGGGCGGCAGCGAGGGGGGGGAGAUGGAACGGGCAGGGCGGACUGAGGCGGAAGCACGGAAAGAUGCGGGCACAGGUGGGGAGGAAACAGAGUUGGAAGCAACAGAGGCGGAAAGAGCUGAGGCGGAAACAGCAGAGGCGGAAGCAGCAUCGGCGGAAGCAGCAGAGGCGGAAGCAGCAGCGGCGGAAGCAGCCGAGACGGAAGCAGCAGAGGCGGAAGCAGCAGAGGCGGAAGCAGCAGAGGCGGAAGCAGCAGCGGCGGAAGCAGCCGAGACGGAAGCAGCAGAGGCGGAAGCAGCAGCGGCGGAAGCAGCAGAGGCGGAAGCAGCUGAGGCGGAAGCAGCAGAGGCGGAAGGAGUAGAGCCAACAAGAGAAAACGCAAAGAAAUACGCAGAGGCAGCGGAGAUGCAGAAGGAAGUAGAGGCAGGGACGGGAGGGAGCAGCAGCACGGCGGUUGACGCGUCCACAGCCACUGGCGCCUCGCCAGCGUGUGCCGCCCAGCCUUCCUCUGCCAGCCCUGUCCGGGUCUCCGCAGCGCCUGCUGCCGCCUCCGUCGCUGCUGCGCCGGCGCGGGCUGCCAAGGCGCCUGUCGCUGCUGGCAGCCGAGCGGGCAACAGCAACGGCGGCGGCGGUGCAGCGAAGGCAGGAGGCGGAGGCGCGUGGGCGAAGGCGAGCGGAAGGCGGGAAUUGUGGGGCAGCGCGACUACGAAGGCGGGCGCAGGGGGGGCAGCGGAGCCUGGGAAGAGGAACAGCAAGGCGGGGGGCGAGAGGGGCGCGAGGGGCGGAAGUACGGGCGGGCGCACGUCGGGGGGGAGGCGGGAGAGGAGGGCUGCAGAUGAGGGGGAGGACGAGGGGGGAGAUCCGCGUGCAGCGGUGGGGAAGGAGGGGUGCAUUGCAGAGAUCAAGGCGGAGCAGCACGGCUUGGAGGCGGAGGAAGGGCGCGCGCGAGAGGAGGCGGCAGAUGAGGGCUGCAGCCCGGCGGAGGGGGAGCGAGAGCCAGAGGCAAUUGCGGAGGGGUUAGUGGGGAAAGAGCCGGAGGAGGGGGCAGUAAGAGGGGAUGAGGUGACGGAGGAAGGGGAAGGGGGUGAGGGGGCGACGGAGGAAGCAGUAAGGGGGGAGGAGGCAGAGGAGGGAGUGCGGGAGGAGAUGACGCGGCGGCUGGUGGUGGCGCGAUUCCACAGCCUCGUCAGCCACGUCAAGGCCGCCGCCGCUGCCCUCCUGCACGCCCACGCGGCGGACGGGCGCGCCACACCCCCUAGCGUGGGCAGUCCGCCAGAGAGCGGUGCGGGGGAGGGCGGAGGCGGGGAGCAGGGGAGGGCGGAGGCGGAGUAUGAGGGGGCGGUGCAGCAGGUGGGGCGCAUGGUGGGCGCCAUGGCGGGUAUGGGCCUUCAAGACCACGUCGCUGCAUGGCUUGCUUGUGACGCGCACCUCCCCGCCCUCCUCUCCGCCACCCGCCCCAUCCCCCCCUCGCCCUCGCCCUCGCACUCCCCUGCCCUCCCUUCCCCCCACCCCUCUCCCACCUGCUCCCCUUAUUUCGCCUCCCCAUCAUCCGCCAGUCCCUACCCGCCGCCCCUGGCUGCCUUCAUCCCCCCAGUGCUGCUCCCCGCCCUGCGCCUCCUCCCCUCCCUUCCCCCCGCCUCCCCCACGCGCCUCCUCUUCCUCCGCCUCUGGCUUCCCCUCCUCGCCUGCGUUCCCCCGACCCCUGAUGUGCGCGCAGCACUGGGGGAAGUGGUGGAGGCGAUGGGGGAGGGGGAGAGGGCGGAGGUGGAAAGGAUGGUGGCGCAAGUGAUGAGGGCGUGGGGGGAAGGCAGUGAGCAGUGA